AUGUUAAGAUUAAGGCCAGCAUCUCGCUGUUCUCUAAAGCAUCUAUCGCCUACCAUAUGCACCAGGGCCUACAACUUCGAUCGCAAGCCUGUCUUGAAGAAGAUAGCUAACAAUGUCGACAUUUCGUCCUUCAAGGCUCUGGAUAAACUGCCCACCACAACUACGGAUUAUUUUACGCAACAUUCAACAAAGCAAAAUCCUGUUUUCUAUGAAACUGCGUCAUAUAUCAACAAUAAACUUUUCAAAUCAAAAGCGUCUGAGUGGUUCCCAGUCAAUGAUCCAGCGACGAAUGAAGUUGUUACGGAAGUUCCACAAUCUACCGAAGAGGAAUUGGACAUGGCCAUCGAAUCCGCUUACCAGACGUUCCACAACGGUUGGAAGCAGACCACCCCCAUCAAACGGCAACAAAUUCUUGCCAAUUAUGUGGAAAAAGUGAAGAACAAUUGGGAUCGCUUGGCUUCCACAAUUGUUAUUGAACAAGGUAAAUCAUUUUCAGAUGCAAGGAACGAUGUGCUUAGAGGCUUGCAAUGCGCAGAACAUGCUAUGGCUGGUGUACAUAUUGACAAUGCUCUUCUAGGAAGUUCUUUAGAGGUGUCGACCAACAUGUAUACUACAAUGUACCGUGAGCCAUUGGGUGUAAUAAGCUCAAUUUGUCCCUUCAACUUCCCAGCCAUGAUCACACUUUGGACAAUUCCCUACAUCAUCGCUACUGGUAACACUAAUGUAAUCAAACCAAGUGAGCGUUGUCCUGGUACCACUCUAUUAUUGGCAGAGUUAGCUGCUGAAGCUGGUGUUCCACCUGGGGUCAUCAACAUUGUCCAUGGUAAGCACGACACAGUCAACAAACUUGUCCACGACAGCAGGAUUGCUGCUGUGACUUUUGUCGGAGGCGAUCGCGCUGGUGAAUAUAUCUACAAGGAGGCCUCAGCGCUAGGCAAGAGAUGCCAGGCAAACAGGGGCGCCAAAAAUCACUCCGUUGUCGUGCCUGAUGCUGACAAAGAGCACUUCCUCAAUUCUAUCACAGCCGGUGCUUUUGGAGGUGCUGGUCAGAGAUGUGUAUCUACCGACAUUAUCUUCACUGUCGGAAAAGAAACGGAAGAAUGGAUUCCUGAAAUCGUCGAGAAGGCUAAGCAAUUCAAAGCGUUGCCAGGUUUUAUGGAUGGUGAUCUAGGUCCUGUAGUAACUCCUGAAUCCAAACGAAGAAUCAUCGAGAUAAUCGACGAUGCUGAAGCGAAGGGCGCAACCAUCUUGCUUGACGGUAGGAACUACACACCUCCUGUGAGCUCUGAACUGAUCGAUACUUAUUCUAAAGGUAACUUCGUGGGCCCAACAAUUAUCGACAACGCUAAACCUGGAAUGAGAUGUGUGGACGAAGAAAUGUUCGGCCCAGUUUUGGCAAUUAUGAGAGGGUAUACUCUGGACGAUUGCAUCGAAUACAUUUCUAGAAACAAGUAUGGUAAUGCUACAGCUCUUUUCACGCAAUCUGGAGCUUUGGCAGAGAAAUUCACCAAGAAUGUUGAUAUUGGUCAGAUUGGUAUCAAUGUUCCCGUUCCAGUUCCACUUCCAAUGUUUGGGUUCACGGGAACAAAAGCUUCAUUCCUUGGUGACUUAAACUACUACGGUAAGACUGCUUUCUACUUCCUAACGAAACCUAAAACCACGACCGCUUUGUGGAGAACCUCUACUCCCAAGGCCGAGAAGCCCAAUGUCAAUAUGGACUGA